CAGUAUUCGAAUAGCUCAUCUCGCAGAUUUAAAGCUAUUUUACACAAAAGAGACUCAAAACUUCUGAAAGAAGCUUAUAGUAGCAUUUUACAGCCGUUAUCUCUCCCACUGCUAAGGCUUUGUAAGAAGUUGAUUGAUAUUUUUUGAACAGGAACGCUGUCGAAAAGCCCAUUCUGUUGUUGACCAAUAUGGCGACGCGAAGAUACUCGAUUGACGGUCGUAGUAGACCGCCGUUAAGCGCUCAUAGCCAACAGGUUAACUCAAUCGGUAGGAAAAUUCUGGACAGUAGUUCUACUUCCUCGCAUCCAAUGAAGACAAAAGCUCCGCUAUCACCCGCAUUCAAAGGAUCGAAGCCGGUUUUGUGUACACCCGAUGUCUAUUCGAAGGAACGAUCGGUUAAUUGCUCAAGUUCCAGGCCUCAGGUGAAAAGAAGACUCGACCUGGAUGAAUCUCCUACUCGAGUAAGGCAAUCAUUCAGAACUCCGAAAGCGAAAGGUCAAACCAGAAGAAGAGGGAGAAGAGAAAUGCAACCAUAUCCAAAGAUGUUUGUCAAAUCCCCAAUAGAGAAGACCCGCUAUGAUACAUCACUGGGGAUCUUGACCAAAAAGUUUGUGGGUCUUUUAAGAAGCACUGAAGAUGGUGUAGUGGAUUUGAACCAGGCAGCAGAUGUUCUAGAAGUUCAAAAAAGACGAAUUUACGACAUUACCAAUGUUUUGGAAGGUGUUGGGCUGAUAAAGAAGAAAUCUAAGAACAAUAUUGAGUGGAGGGGAACCUGCUAUACUGAUAGUUCGCGGCGAACAAAAGGAGCUGAAUCAAUUUCAGCCCAGACCAUGGAUCUCCACACAGACAUUGCCGACCUUGAUGCCAAAGAAUCCUUUCUCGACAGAAUGAUAGACGGUUGCCGUUCGGAAAUCAAAAAUCUUACAGAAGAUACUGAAGUUGCCAAAUAUGCAUAUGUUACAUAUCGAGAUAUUCGUGAUGUGAAGCAUUUUAAAAACAGGACAGUGAUUGCAAUCAAAGCUCCACCAGAAACAAGACUAGAAGUACCAGAUCCUAAGCAGAGUAUCCAAAUCUGGCUGAAGAGUGUUCGAGGCCCUAUUGACGUUUAUCUAUGCCCUGAGGAACAAGUUAAUGUCCAAUCUCCAAUGAAGGACAUUUCUCCCAUCAAAAGGCAGCCACCUCCUCAAACAACACCAAAUCACUUCCUUCUGACUCCUGAGAAAAACCCUCAGAAUUGUGGUGAUAUGGCAAUACCCUCGCAGACAUUUAAUGAAGAUCUUCAAAGAAGCAUUUUUUCCACUGUAGUCAGUCCACGGAAAAAUGUUCUUUUACAGACAAAUGAUGAAACAACUGGUCUGGAAGAUUUGGACAGUGAUGCUUUGAUUCCUCUUUCACCAAAUCUUACAGAAGAGGAAUAUUUAUUCACAUUAACAGAUACAGAAGGGAUCACAGAUCUGUUUGAUUCUUAUAACUUUUGGAACGAGGCAUGAUAUGCGAACAGGUAGAUGUUACAUGUUGGGUGAAGAUGUAAGCUAGAACAUAUUUGAUUGCCCCAGACAGUAUCUACAAUUACUUGUGAAUAUUACUGGGUACUAUAAACCCUAUCAAAAAGGGUCUUGCCAUAGCCCUAUGGGAAGGUUACAUGUGUGUAUCUUGAAUGCAAAAACCUGGUUGCCACAGUGAUAUUCGGUUUUCUAAAAAAAUCAAUUAUUUUCCCAUGUUACCUCCACCCUUUACAAUUUAACAGCACCCGGUGGCCCUUGGCGCCUUACUUUCACUCUUGAACGACUUAGGAAUUUUAGUUUUUUCAUAUAAAAGCAGAUGCUGGGUACCCUGUA